GGUUACAAAACAUGCACGACCAAGUAAUGGUUUUUGUGCAGCAUUAGACCAUUAGUAGUUGACAAAACAUAAUCUCCAACUUCACCCCAACCUCACCCCACAUCACUCACCAAAACCCUAAACCAUAAUCUCCAUCUCUGGAGGACUUAGCCCAUUGAUCGAUAUCAUCCACAAGGUAAUCAAGGUUGUUAAUAAUCCCCUGUAAUCCGAGUUGUGUAGCUUUUGUUGGUUAGUAAGCUGUGCAUAUCACCUGUUUGAUAAAAGUCCUUUGAGAGAUUCCUCGUCACUUAAGAUAAGGUGAGGAAUGAAUUCCUCGUCACUUAUGUUGCGUCGGUUCUUGUGCUUCGCUGCCUCCACUCCUUCUUCUUCUACUACUCUAUGCUUCUCUUCCAACAGGAACAGGAAGCCCCUCGUCUUCCUAGGGUCCCCUCAGGUCUCUGCAACUGUUCUUGACGCCCUGCUUGAUGCAUCCGGUGCCCCUGAUUCUCUGUUUGAGGUUGCAGCAAUUGUCACCCAACCGCCUUCCAGGAAGGAUAGGGGGAAGAAGCUGCUGCCUUCUCCUUUAGCACAACAUGCUCUUGACAGAGGCUUCCCUUCGGACCUCAUUUUCACACCUACACGAGCUGGAGAGGAUAUGUUCCUUUCCACCUUAAGAGCUUUGCAGCCAGAGCUUUGCAUUACUGCUGCAUACGGGAACAUUUUACCUAGCAAGUUUCUUAAUAUCCCGACAUUGGGCACAGUAAAUAUACACCCAAGUUUGCUGCCGUUGUAUCGCGGUGCAGCACCUGUUCAAAGAGCUUUGCAGGAUGGUGUCAGGGAAACCGGAGUAUCCUUAGCAUUCACUGUCCGUGCGCUGGAUGCUGGACCUGUUAUUGCCAGUGAAAAAAUGGAAAUCGAUGAUCAUAUUAAGGCCCCAGAUUUGCUUGCUCUCUUAUUUUCUAAAGGAUCCAAACUAUUGAUUCACCAGCUUCCUUACAUAUUUGAUGGUUCAGCUAAGUUGAAAGCGCAGCCCCAGGAUGACUCCAAAGCUACCUUAGCUCCAAAGAUUUCUGCUGAGGAGUCAUGGCUAUCAUUUGACCAGGAAGCUGUAGCCCUACAUAACAAGGUUCGUGCAUUUGCAGGAUGGCCUGGAACUCGAGCUAAAGUUGUGGUUGUUGACAAUAAAAAUGGUCACCACAAUAUGCUGGAGCUUAAAAUUAUCACAACCAAAGUUUGCAGCCAUAGCAAUAAUCCGGUCAACCAAGCAGAUGACAUCUCUUUUCAAAAGGGUGCAUUAGUAUUCCCCUGUGGAGGGUCCACAUUGCUUGAGGUGCUGGAGAUUCAGCUUCCUGGCAAGAAGGUUAUGAAUGCAGCUGCCUUCUGGAAUGGUUUACGUGGUCAACAACUUCAAAGAUUUGUUGAUGAGUAAUAUUGUGGGUUUCUUUUUCUUUUCUAAUAAUUCAGUUAUUGAAUUUCACUGGAAAUUAAGUAUGACAUGAAUCAAAGUUGGGCAGAUGUGAUGUUAUCAGAAAAUUGUUGAGUUGAUGUUUGUAAUAGUUGUUGGAUAUUAAGGAGAAGAAACGCUUGGAUAAU